CUAUAGAGGYAGACGAUGGCGUGACCAUCACGGCUAAAGCCACAAUCGGUUGAGUCGUGCAGAUUAUCAUAAUCGACGUACAUUCAGGUCUUACUAUGGCAACCGAGUCCACAGUGCUAGUGAUCUGCGGUGGUGGUAACGGUGCCCAUGCGUGGUCAGGCAUUGCUUCUUCUCAACCCAACACCGAGGUCCGUGUUCUUACCUUAUUCCAAGAUGAAGCACAGCGUUGGUCAGACUCGCUUGCCAAGGAAGACUUUACUGUUAGCUUUUAUCGAGAUGAGAAGGUUUACUCACAGCUCAAGUCCAAACCAAAGUUAGUCACCAAGAACCCCGAGGAAGCUGUACCCGGAUGUGACGUCAUUGCUUUUGUGCUACCAGCAUUUGCGCAUGAGCAGUAUCUAAAAACCAUUAAGCCAUACAUUGAGCCAGGAAUGAUUCUMAUUGGUCUUCCUGGACAAUCUGGUUUUGAGUUCCAAGUUCCUGGUAUUCUCGGCGACGUCACCAAGCACUGYGCURUCGUCAGCAUGGAGUCGUUGCCAUGGGCAACACGUAUAACAGAGUUUGGAAAGUCAUGUGACGUCGUUGGUACUAAAGAGUCGUUGCUAGGAGCAAUAAGAACUGGUGCAACUCCACCCAAGAAAGACCCACAGGCCGUGUUACAAAGGCUGUUAGGAGAGAAACCAGUUCUGGACAUUAGAGGUCACCUGAUCGGUAUCACUCUAAUGUGUGACGCCUUCCUUCAUCCCUGUAUUAUYCGAGACCGAUGGGAAAACUGGGACGGUCGUCCUGUUGACAAACAGCCUUUGUUUUACCAGGGUAUCAGUGAACAAGGAGCCAACUAUCUCAGUCUCAUGUCUGAUGAAAUACUCUCUGUUGURAAAGAAAUCACUAAACAAAGUCCCAACACUGACUUGUCCCGAGUUGGCCACACCUUUGACUGGUUUAAGAGAAGUUAUGCCAAUGACAUUGAGGAUAMGAGCACUCUAUUCAAGGCCAUUACGACCAACAAGGCUUACAAAGGGCUGGUACAUCCAAUGGUUCAAGCAAACGAUGGUAAAUGGGUACCUAACUUUAAACACAGGUACAUCGUCGAGGACAUGCCRUUUGGUCUCAUUGUAGCACGUGGAAUAGCCGAGGUUGUGGGUGUUGAAACACCUCAUAUUGAUAAACUGAUUGAGUGGACGCAGAAUAACAUGAAGAAGUCGUACCUCGUGGAUGGCAAAAUCAAGGGGGAAGAUGUCAAAGACACACGUGCYCCUCAACGAUAUGGUUUCACUACUUUGAAAGACUUACUUUAAUGGAGUAGUUUUAGCUGUAUUUCAUGAAAUAUAGAGUUUGAUAAACAGUCAUUAUUGUUAGACAUUGAGUAAAAUAUUUCUACAAGUUAGUUGUAAUGAUUUAGUGGAAGUGUGUUUUUUUUUUUGUAUACUCAGUAAGAAGUAGUAAAUAAAAAGAUCGAGAAUGUUACGAUGUCA